AUGGGUAAAAAAAAGAAUUCUUCCUCGUCGAGCGAGGAAAAGUCUGACCUUUGUAAUAUACAAAAUAUUUCUCAAGACUCCAUAACUGCUACAAUUCGCGACCGUUAUCAACAUGACUUUAUAUACACUCGUUUAAACUGUUCAGCUCUUGUUGCCGUUAACCCUUAUAAAAAACUACCCAUCUUCAAUGAUUCAACCGUUCAAGAAUAUGUUACUGACUAUAAAGACACUUCAGGUCAAAGUACUUCUCUACCUCCUCACGCUUUUCAAAUUGUCUCCCAUUCUUAUUUACAUAUGCGACGUACUGGUCAAGACCAAUCUAUAAUAUUAAAUGGUGAAUCUGGGAGUGGAAAAUCUGAAACUAGAAAACUUUUAGUAAAACAAUUAAUUGCUCUUAGUGCUCAUCAUAAGAAAGCUUCUCGUGUUCAAAUUCAGGUCCCUUGUUCAGAGUUUAUUCUGGAUUCUUUUGGUAACGCAAAAACUUGUUCCAAUAAUAAUGCUUCUAGAUUUGGAAAAUAUACCGAACUUCAAUUUAAUGAACGUGGAAAAUUAAUCGGUGCUAAAACUCUUGAUUAUCUUUUGGAAAAAAAUCGUGUCUCUAAUGUCCCUUCAAAUGAACGAAAUUUUCAUGUCUUUUAUUAUUUAAUCGCUGGUGCCUCUCAAGAAGAAAAAGCUCAUCUUCAUCUUACUGAAAUUCCUAAUUAUCGUUACCUUAAUGUCGCUAAAGGUUCUAGAUCUUCGAUUGAAGAUGUCGAUAAUUUCAAUGAAUUAAAACAAGCUCUAAAAUCUCUUGGUUUUCAUAAAAAACACGUUGCUCAAAUGUUUCAACUUUUGGCUUCAAUUUUACAUUUGGGCAAUAUACAAUUCGUUCAAGAUUCUAAUAAACAAAAUGAAACUGCUUCUAUUAAAAACUUGGAUGUUUUAAACUUGGUAGCUGACUUCUUAGGCCUCGAUCCUCGUUCUCUAGAAAAUGUUCUCACUUAUAAAACAAAGUUAAUAAAAAAGGAAAUGUGUACUAUUUUCUUAGAUGCUGAUGCCGCUUCCAUACAACGUGAUGAUUUUGCAAAGGCUCUUUAUUCUUUAUUAUUCAGUUGGAUCGUUGAAUAUAUUAAUACUAAACUCUGUCAAGAUGAUUUUGCUAAUUUUAUCGGUAUCUUGGAUCUAAUCGGAUUUCAAAAUUUACAAUCUAAUUCUCUGGAUCAAUUCUGUGUCAAUUUUGCAAACGAAAAAAUUUUUAAUUUCACUUUAAAUCAAAUCUUUGAAGCUCGUAAAGAAGAAUUUCAAUCUGAAGGCAUCAACUUUUCCGAUUUACCUUAUCCUAAUAAUAAAGAAUGUUUACGUAUGAUAGCAAAACCUUCUACCGGUUUAAUUUCUAUCAUGAGCGAUCAAGCUAACAAAGCAAAUCGUAAAACUGAUCAAACUAUGUUGGAUACUUUCAACAAAAAAUAUUCCGAGCACGAUUCUUUCAUUCCUACUGGAAAAAGUUUAAACUCUCUUCCAACUUUUGGCAUUCGUCAUUUUGCUGGUCAAGUUACUUACGAUUCUUCUGGUUUCCUUGAAAAAAAUAUUGAUAAUCUUGGCGCAGAUUUUGUCUCUCUAUUUCGUAGUAGUGAAGGUUCCAUUUCAUCUAGUAAUCAAUUCAUUACUGGUCUCUUUACUGAUAAAACUGUUGCUACUGAAUCUCAUCCAAGAAAUGAUGAUACAAUUGUUGCUGCUCAACAAUCUGUUAAACCUAUGCGUGCUCCUUCAAUGCGUCGUAAAAAAGAUCAAUCUACUUCGGAUUCUAGUAAACCUAAAGUAGCUUGUGUUGCUACUCAAAUUUCUUCUGCUCUUGAUGAAUUAUGUGAAACACUUGAAGAAACUUUAUCUUGGUACAUUUUUUGUAUAAGACCUAAUGAUGCUCAACUUCCAAAUAAUUUUAAUCAAAAUGUUGUGCAAAAUCAAGUAAAAUCUCUUGGAUUACCUGAAAUAGCAAAAACAUUAAAAACUAAUUAUACUAUUGGAAUGUUACAUCUGGACUUUUUAGAAAGAUAUUCAAAUGUAUUGGAUUCUAUAGGUUUAGAUCAAUAUAAAAAUCCGAAAGCAAAAUGUGAUGCUAUAGCUAAUGGUUUCGGUUGGAAUACUGAAGAUAUGGCUGUAGGAUACAAUAAGACUUAUUUAAGUGAAAAAGUUUGGCGCCAUUUAGAAGAUAUGCUUAGGAGAUUGGAUAACGAAGAAAAACGAAAAAAGAAAUCCGAUAAAAAAGGUAUCUCGUUGAUGCACGAUAACGGGCAAAAUGAUGAUGCUAUGUCUCAGGCUUCAUAUCCUUCAAAUCAAGAAUUAUAUGCUGGUCCUCGUCGUCUUUCUCCUCCAAGAAAUUUCGAUCAACAAUCUUUCUAUUCUGGUGAUGAUAAUCGUUCAAAUUAUUCUGAUGAUUAUUUUCAAGAUGAAAGUCAUAGUCAAUAUGGUGAAAGCGUUUCCUAUGGUUCGGAUGUUUAUGCUCCUUCUCAUAAUAUGUUUGGUGGUUUGGAUGCUAGGAAAACUUUACCUGAAAAAGAUCCAAUUCCCGAAGAGGAACCUGAAGAACCUCGUAAAGUUACUGCUGCUCGUAAGAAAUGGGUAUUCCUUACUUGGUUACUUACUUGGUGGAUCCCUCCAUGUUUCUUAAAGUGGUGUGGUGGUAUGAAACGUAAAGACAUUCAAAUGGCUUGGCGUGAAAAGGUUGCACUUUGCUUUAUUAUAUUUCUCAUAUCUUGUGCGGUUAUCUUUUUCAUCGCUGUCUUGGGUCUUUUAAUUUGUCCUAGAGUUUAUAUUUAUACUGAUGAGGAAGUUAGUGAGCAUAGUUUUGAUAAAAGUCCGGACAAUGUUUAUGUAUCUAUUCGAGGUGAAGUUUAUUCCUUGAAUAAUUUUGCUCCUCGUCAUAUACCAACUCUUGUUGAUCAAAAGUCAAUAUUAACCUAUGGUGGUACCGAUGCAACAAAAUUAUUUCCAGUUCAAGUUAGUGCUCUUUGUAGUGGUGUUGAUCCUAGAGUAACUUUUGAUUAUAAUCUUGGUACUAAUGCGGAUCCAAAUGCUAAAUAUCACGAUUUCCGUUACUUUACUGAUGAUUAUCGACCUGAUUGGUACUUUGAAGAAAUUUUAUUGAAAAUGAGAGCUCAAUAUUUAGUUGGUCAAAAAGGUGUUCCUCCACAAUCAGUGAAAGAUAUGGCAGUUGUUGGUAAAAAACAAGUUGCAAUUCUUUAUGAUCAUGUAUAUGAUCUUACAUCUUAUGUCAUGAAUGGUCGUGGUGCUCUUGGUCCUGGAGGUGCUAAUGUUACUGAUAAUGUAAACAAAGAUUUCAUGAAUGAUAUGAUUGUAGGACUUUUCACUUCUAGUAGUGGUUUAGAUAUUAGUAAAAAAUUCGAUGCUCUACCUCUUAGCAAGGAUGUAAAAUCCGAUCAAUUAACUUGUUUACGUAAUUUAUUCUAUAUUGGAAGAGUGGAUCAUCGUAAUUCACCACAAUGUCUUUUCUCAAAUUAUGUUUUAGUCGCUUUUUCUGGAGCUUUGGUCGCCGUAAUCUUAUUCAAAUUUUUAGCAGCUUUACAAUUAGGUGCUAGAAGAGAACCUGAAGAACAUGAUAAAUUUGUCAUAUGUCAGGUCCCUUGUUAUACUGAAAGUGAAGAAUCAAUGCGUAAAACUUUGGAUUCUCUAGCUGUUUUAAGAUAUGAUGAUAAAAGAAAGUUAUUAUUCAUUAUUUGUGAUGGUAUGAUUGUUGGUACUGGUAACGACCGACCUACACCACGUAUCGUUUUAGAUAUAUUAGGUGUUGAUCCAAAUAUGGAUCCGGAACCUCUCAGUUUUUUAUCUCUUGGCGAUGGUGUUAAACAACAUAAUAUGGGAAAAGUUUAUUCUGGAUUAUAUGAAUGUAGUGGACAUGUUGUACCUUAUCUUGUGGUAGUUAAAGUCGGUAAACCAUCAGAACGAUCUCGACCUGGUAAUCGUGGUAAACGUGAUUCUCAGAUGAUACUUAUGAAAUUCUUGAAUAAGGUACAUUUUAACUCUGAGAUGACUCCCUUGGAAUUGGAAAUGUAUCAUCAAAUCAAAAACGUUAUUGGUGUAAAUCCUAGUUUUUACGAAUAUAUACUUAUGGUGGACGCUGAUACUGAAGUUAUGCCGGAUUCAUUAAAUCGUCUUGUAUCUGCAUUCAUGCAUGAUACCAAAGUAAUGGGUCUUUGUGGUGAAACUACCCUUUCUAAUGAAAAAGAUUCUUGGGUCACUAUGAUUCAAGUAUACGAAUAUUAUAUAUCUCAUCAUCUUUCUAAAGCAUUCGAAUCUCUUUUCGGUAGCGUCACCUGUUUACCCGGUUGUUUCUGUAUGUAUCGUGUUCGUACACCUGAUACACACAAACCUUUAUUAAUUAGCAAUCAAGUUAUUGAAGAUUAUUCUGAAAAUUUUGUUGAUACUUUACACAAGAAAAAUUUACUUUCACUUGGUGAAGAUCGUUAUUUGACAACACUUAUGAUGAAACAUUUUUCAAAUUACAAGAUGACAUUUGUUCCAGAUGCUCAAUGUAAAACUACAGCUCCAGAUCAAUGGUCCGUUCUUCUUUCUCAACGUCGUCGAUGGAUUAACUCCACUGUUCAUAAUCUCAUGGAAUUAGUGUUCUUACCGCAACUUUGUGGUUUCUGUUGUUUUUCAAUGCGUUUUGUUGUUAUGAUUGAUUUAUUCGCAACACUUAUUAUGCCAGCCACAGUUGCAUAUCUUUGUUAUCUGAUCGUUCAAGUUAUAAGGGAUCCAACAACUAUACCUAUUUUGUCAUUAGUAUUGCUUGCUGCUGUAUAUGGUUUACAAGCAGUAAUAUUUAUUCUUCGCAGAAAAUGGGAACAUGUUGGUUGGAUGAUUGUUUAUAUCCUUGCUAUGCCUGUUUUUUCUUUCUACCUACCAGUCUAUGCAUUCUGGCAUUUUGAUGAUUUCUCAUGGGGUAACACUCGUGUUGUUGUUGGUGACAAAGGCAAAAAAACGAUGAUAUCUGACGAAGGCAAAUUUGAUCCAAAGGUUAUUCCCAAAAAGAAAUGGUCUGAUUAUGAACAAGAAUUAUGGGAAGUUAAUACACAAGGAUCUCAUGAUUCCUCACACACCAGAGUUUCGGAUCGCUCAUAUCAUUCUAAUCGAUCCAAGAAAUUAGGAUCUGCUCCUGGAUCCCAAGCUGGUUCUGUUUAUGGCGAUUAUCAUGAUGAACGUGGUGGUAUGAAAAGUCGAUCUCGUUCACCAGCACCUCCAUUUAUUGAUGAAAAUGCUAGAGCUGCUUCUCCAUAUCUUGGUGGUGAUGUGCGAUCCCGUUCGCGUCAUGGUGAUUCGACAAGUCAUAGAGGAUCAACACUCUUACGUGUUGACAAUGAUCUUUCUGGAUCACGGCCUUCUAGUCUUAUAGAAGCCGGAUAUUACGGAAGUUCAAUAAUAGAUAGCGGUUUUCCUUCUGACGAUGAAAUACUUCAAGAAAUUCGAAAUAUAUUGUCUGUCGCUAAUCUAAUGACAGUAACAAAGAAACAAGUGCGAGAUGAUUUAUCUAGUUUCUUUGGUAUGGAUAUGAGCUCAAAGAAAGAAUACAUUAAUAAUUGCAUAGAAUUAAUACUUCAAGGAAAGCUGUAA